UAGAGGGCAGCAAACUUCAAAUUCCUUAUCAAAAAAUUUCCUCCACAGAAUUUGUGGAGCGUUCGUAGCAACGAAUGCCGCAAAUAUUAUUCAAGGACAUUUAAUGGAAAGAAUUCAUAGAAUUUUGAUGAGGAGAUUUCCAUAGAGAUUAAUCCUUCAAGAUGAUGGAACUAAGUUUAAACCGAGUGGAUUAUCUCCAGGUUGGAGUGACAUGCCCUCGUACUAUGAGAUUGUUACCAGAGAAGAAAGCCAAAGCUCCUCAGAAGGUGGCGGUAGCUAAUCAGUCAGGAAUUAUUCAAUGUUUUAAUAUAAAAAAAGGAGAGGCAGCGAGCGCCUUCAAGACGUUACCAGGUCCCAAGAUAUCGCGUUUAGAGCUGGGCGGAACCCUUGGGUCCCUGGCAGAUAAGAUCUUCGUCGCUUGUGGGUCCGAGGUCAAAGGUUUCACCAAGAAGGGCAAACAGUUCCUGGGUUUCGAUACAAAUCUGACUGAGAGCAUCAAAACUAUGUGGGUGUGUGGCAGCCAUCUUUUCAUCGGUGGUAACUACAUCUUCAACCACUAUCUAGAUUGCAAGGAUGAGAAUUACUACCUCUGCAGUGAUCGCAUCAAUGACCUCUUGUGUUUACCGAUGACCCGGGUCAAAGAGGUCACACCAGUGUUGGCCUGUCAAGACCGAGUGUUGCGGGUGAUUGAAGGGUCUAAUCUACUCUAUGAAGUAGAAGUGGCCGGUCCUCCGCAGUCCCUCAGUAUCUUUGCAGAUGAAGGAGGUGAAGAUGGUGAAGAUGUCCUGUAUGGAACAUCAGAUGGUAAAGUCGGUUUGGUUCAGUUAAACAGAAUAUCCCCCAGUCAUAAAUGGGAGAUUCCAAAUGAGAAACGCAACGGUGGAGUCCUGUGCAUGGAUAAUUAUGACAUUACAGCUGAUGGGAUCUCAGAUCUUUUAUUAGGUCGUGAUGAUGGGAUGAUAGAAGUCUAUGGUUACAAUGAUGCUGAUGAACCAAUACUAAGAUACAGUACAACUUUAUCUGAGAGUGUAAGCUCAAUACAAGGAGGGGUGGUCAAUUCUUCAGGGUUUGAUGAAGUUGUAGCAUGUACAUAUGCUGGAUGGAUACAGGGCCUAACCACUGAACCAAGUCACAAAGAAGCAGGUCCCGGUCAAAAGGUCCAAGUCUCGGAUGAAACGCAAGGCAAAAUUUCACAUCUAAAGAGUGAGUUAGAAUCACUUCAGAGUAAAGUAAUGCAGGAGAGAGAGAAGUACCAUUACCAAGCCAUGAAUACCAAGGCCAUCUCUGCAGUCCCUCAGUUCAACAUCAAUGAUCGGUUCUCACUGAAUCGAGACGAUGCUAGCUAUACACUCAGCAUCGAAGUCCAGGUCGCUAUCGACAAUGUCCUCCUUCAGAGCGAUGUUCCGAUUGAUUUACUGGAUACAGAGAAGAACACAGCUGUAGUCAGCUACAGUGCUUGUGAUACAGAGAAUGGAAACUUUUUACUAGCUACAUACCGUUGCCAGGCCAACACGACAAGACUCGAGUUGAAGAUUCGUAGCAUAGAGGGUCAGUAUGGGACGUUACAAGCGUACAUCACACCUAGACUGCAGCCUAAGACCUGUCAACUCAGACAGUACCAAAUCAAGCCACUCUCACUUCAUCAACGUACGCAUAUGCUGGAUGAUUCUAGGCCAAUGAAUCAGUUAAAACUGACAGGUCAGUUUAGUCUUGCUGAGAUUCAUUCCUGGGUGUCAUAUUGCUUACCUGAGAUUCCUGAGAGAACACCUCCAGGAGACUCCAUCAACUUUCAUUUCCUCUCUACAUUCCUUGAUACACAGCUAGAUUGUCUCUACAGGAAGGGGGAAGGCAUCUUUCGUUCAGACAAUAUCUCAACCAUCUCAAUCUUAAAGGAUGUCCUCACCAAGGAAGCCACUAAGAGAAAGAUCAACCUCAAUAUAUCUUAUGACCUAGCUGAUGAGUCUGUAGCUAAUACUCUUAGACGUAUACAUCCUAAGCUUGAGUACCAGCUUCUGCUUGCUAAGAAAGUCCAGCUUGUUGAUGCUCUUAAGGAGCUACAGAUCCAUGAAGGAGAUCUUGAGUUCAUGUCUCCUGAAUAUCGUCAGAUCCUGGAGGAGGCUGAUACGCUCCAGCAGGAAUAUAAAAAACAACCAUGUCACCUUGAAAGACUCUACGGAAUGAUUACAGAUCUCUUCAUCGAUAAGUUCAAGUUCAAGGGGUCAAAUGUCAAGACGAAAGUGCCUCAGCUCUUGGAAGUCUUGGAUAACUAUGAGCUCGACAACCUGAUAGGUUUCUUUGAUUCAGGUGGAGUGUGAAUGUUACACAUUUACUUUUGUCAGUGAUUUUCACUCACUAAUAUACUCUGAGCCAAUCAGAUGCAAGGAUUUCAAUAGCUUUAAACAGUUGUUAGUGAAAAUCACUAUUUGUUUCAUGAAAUGCUCUUCACGAGGGUAUUUCAUGAAAGAGCUUGUCAGUGAUUUUUACCUACUAAUUUGCUCUGAGACAAUCAGAUGCAAGUAUUUCAGUACCUUAUAACAAAUAGCCAGUGAAACUCACUGACUAUUUGUUUCAUGAAAUGCUCUCAUGGUCCAACUUCAUUUUGUUUACAUCUAGUUUGCCUUCUCACCAUAGAGUCCAAUUCUACUUCGCCUCAUUGCCGGUUUGUCUAAUAUUCAGUUUUAAUCUAAAUAUGUCUGGAUUAUGUUUCAUUGUUUCAUAAAGCUGUUUGUAGAGUUAAAAACAAUUUUAUGCCUAAUUGUAUCAUUUCAUUGGUGCCCAGUCAGGAACAUAGGGAUAUCGUGAAAGGGUUACCGAUUGUUUGUAAAAUUAUGUGCAACUUAUGAACAGCUUAUGUGAUAUGGCCCUAGCUCAAUUUUCACUUCAUACAAGGUGAGAUAGCAAUUAUACUAAAUAUUAAAUGAAUUUGGAUCAAAUGACAAUCGGCUAAAGUGGUCAUUAGACCUGGUAAUUAUACCAAAUGUCAAUAAGAAGAAAUGAAACAUGGACCAAAAGAGUUUAGCUAAAAUGAGAUUUGGUCUUUAAAUUAGGUCAAGUGGUUUUAGACAAAGUGUGCAUCAAUCAUGUUGCAUUAAUUCUAAAUCUGUUCCAUUCACAUUGAGAUUUUAAGCUUGUAAGUCAGUUUGAUAGCAGAAGGAAAUAAAUAAUUUCCUUCCUGUACAUUUAUUGGCUGCUUUCAGUGACUCGAUCAGAGCUGAUAGGAAGGGGUAAAGUGAAGUACAGUCAGCAAGGAAUUACAGGAGUUUUAAUAUGAGGUGGAAACUAUUAACAAUUAAUAGUUGUGUCAUUACAGUGCAUACCAAUAAAGGCUGAAGUGUAUCACUUUCAAAUGAAUCGUAAAAUUCUAGUGCUAAUCUGGUAUAGAGAGGUGCACAUAUCCACUCCAUUUAUUUAUCACAUCUGUGUCUUUGUAAAUACAUGUAGGUAAAAGGCUACAAGAAGAAUGUGAUGUUUAAUUGUGUAAUUUGUACCCGACUUUUUUUCAAACAGACUACUUAUCUUCAAAAAAAUAUGGGUCCUUGUCAUAAGACUCAUGAUUUUAUGCAAACA